GAUAAGUACAAGUUCGCCAGACGUUCGGUUCAACUUCAGGGCGAUAGGGGGAACCGCGAUCGACCUCGGGCUUCUCAGGUUCGCCGUCCCCUUGUGUGCUCAUGUCGUCUAUAGUCAAGUCGAGGCCGUCAUGGCCGCACAAGCAAUCUCUCAUCGACUACUAAAGUAUUCGAAGGGCCGCAUCACGUCCUUCCCAAUCCCGCUGGACUACCUCAUCAGUAGUACAGAUCGUACAGACCGACUUCCGCACGCACGAUAUCUACGAUCACGUGAAUCCACUUGACCCCUCGUUAUGGGUCUUUUCAACUUGAAGAAACGCUCAAAGGACAAGACGCCCAGUCCUUCGAUCCCGUCAUCGCCGUCUUUCUCGAGCUUUUCCCUCGGUCGGCGGUCGGCCCCGACGUCCCCUGCCAUCCAUGAGCAACCGAAUCCAUUGGCCAGCCCGAUCGUACAACAGCCAGUGGUUGUCGUCGCAGCCGCCCCUGCGCCGCCCGCUGUCCCGAGCAAACCGUCGACCAAGCUCAAUGUUCUCCUCGACCCCUUGCCCAGGGGAACUGGGCUCCCGGAAGCUGCCAAUGGGAUCAUGCAGAUCUCGGUCGAGGACGAUGCCGAUAUCGACGAGGUCGCCGACGAGAUCAAGCGAGCGUUGAGACUUCCUCGAGGCGUCUCGAUAGGGUGUUACAAGGUGGCCAUCCCCAUCGACGCCCACCAUUCUUCCAAGAAGUUUAUCGCCCGAAACCCUUCUACGCCGGUCCACCUCGUCUCUCAUUUCCCUUCGUACAACCUCUCGGACCACACCCAGCUCGGACCGUCUCUGCAAUCCUCUUCGCCAUGCCAGUCGAGGUGUUCCCAGGAGAGUCAUCGGGAUGGCAAGUCGACGACAGUGCACGAUUGGUGGCCCCACCCGCGAGAGGUCAAGGAGGAUGAGAUUCAGGUGCUGGUCAGGCUAGGAGAAGCCGAGGAGGACCUCCCACCCCUCACCUUGCUCGUACAUUUCGCCCGUCCUGCCAGUUCCAGCUCGGGAUCCACUUCACGUCGUAGCCCUUCCCCUUCCCCUGCUCUGCCUCAACAACGCCCACGUCAUACCCGCGGACCGUCGACCUCGUCCCUCUAUUCUCCCACGCUCGAACAAGAGGAGAUUCCUCAUCCCCCGAUCGCGUUGGACGUGCGUCGUGACGCUCGAGUAGAAGACGUCCUGGACGACCUGGUCCGCGCCGAUGGGCGACCUGGAGGUGUAGAGAGGUUGAGGGAAAAGAUGGUCCUCUGGAGGGUAGAUAUGAGCUGGAAGGAGAUGUUGAACUGUGAACGCUUCGGAGGGCUGAGGACGGGGGAUAUGCCCUGGCCAUACCCACCCAAUGCGCCCGAACCGGUCGCUGUUACAGACUAUUCCAAGCCCAUCUCGCAUACCUUUCCAGCAUACACGUCCAACUUGAACCUCGUCUCGCUGUUCGUCUACAUCAAACCCGAGGCUCAACGGGAACUCGCCAGGAUCUCUUCCUCGUCAUCUUCUUCGGUGGAGACGUUCGUGUACCCGCCGCGACCAGCUGUGAUCCCGCACCAACAUCACAGUUCUCCGUCGAUCCCAACAUCGGGGUCGAUCGUGGGUGGCGAGGAAGUGGUAGAAGGAGAAUCUUCUUUAAAGAUGGAAAGACGAAGAAGACGAGGAGCUUCCAGUCGACCGUCCACCGCACCCAGUCUAGGGUCUUCUUCUGGGUUCGGAUUCUCUUCCCCGCUCGCUUCUUCGUCAACAUCGUCGGGCGCCACGGCCUCGACGACCGGGAUCCCAGCGUUUGGAAGACCGAGAAAGACGGGGUACAACUCGACCGUCUGCGCUGAGACUCAGGACGACUUACCGCUAGGACAGAGUCCGUUGGAGCUCGAUGGCGGGGUGCAUUUGCGUGCUCGGACCAUGACCAGUAGACCUCGAUCGAUGUUCGGCGGACGUCGCCAGGAAGACGAUGACGAGGACGAAUCGGACCAUCAAACCCGUCGCGAUCUCCGGGGACAGAAGAUGGAACUCAACCUCGAAGCUCUUCGUCGGCUAGACCUCGACACGAACGGGGAGAAGCAAGAGGUCUUGUCGGACGAACAUGAACCCGAGCUCGUGUCUUCCAGCUCUGCUUCGGCUCGGACGGGUUCGAUCUCGAUGCCGCCUACGCCUCAGUACGAGUUGGCCGGUAUGGACUUUGGCAUGCCUGGAGGCAAGGAAGGGCUCGUUCUAGGGGACCGAAGGGGGAGGGAGUUGAGGAUGUGGGGUUGAGAUGGACAAUGGAUGUGAAUAGGUUUCGACAGAGAGAUCACGACACGUUGUACAAACGAAGAAACUUUAUUAUACCCGAUUUGCCAAUGGACGA